AAAGCUGCAGUAACUCGGCUUCAGUUACUUGUAAUUUAUUGUGGCAUGAGACAAGAUGGGGAAAUUUUUGUUUUAAAUGCUUAUCCAGGCACUUUACUGGCACUGGAGAAAAGAUUGAAAAGGCAUAAUUCCUAGCCAGUAUUUAUUCAAGGAGAACACUUGGAUUAAUAAAGGCGCAUUCAUCUUUCUUGUUGCUGUGUUCACACCCUGAUGUUGCAAGCUCCAACCAGAGGUGACCCAAGGCGCUGAGGAGUAUGGUUGUGGGGCACCCGGGGAGCAGUCGGGGAAGCCGCCCAACCCUGCGGCGCCUGAGCGUCCCGGUUGUCAGGGCGACGCCGUGGUGACUGUGCUCCCUUGAGGGCUGCCGCGUCUCGGGUUGCGGCUCAGAGGGCCCCGAGUGGUCCUGCUUUGUCCACCUCUCAAGACUACAGGGUGCAAUUAUUAUACUGCAAGUCAGACAACAAUUUAAGUCACUUUAACCAUAAUGGAAAAGUAUGAAAAAUUAGCUAAAAUUGGAGAAGGGUCUUAUGGGGUUGUAUUCAAAUGCAGAAACAAAUCCUCAGGACAAGUAGUAGCUAUUAAAAAAUUCAUGGAAUCUGAAGAUGAUCCUGUUGUUAAGAAGAUAGCACUAAGAGAAAUACGCAUGUUGAAGCAAUUAAAACAUCCAAACCUUGUGAACCUCAUUGAGGUGUUCAGGAGAAAAAGGAAAAUGCAUUUAGUUUUUGAAUACUGUGAUCAUACACUUUUAAACGAGCUGGAAAGAAACCCAAAUGGAGUUGCUGACAGAAUGGUCAAAAGUGUACUAUGGCAAACUCUUCACGCUCUGAAUUUCUGUCAUAAACAUAAUUGUAUUCAUAGAGAUGUAAAACCAGAAAACAUUCUCAUAACUAAGCAAGGAAUAAUCAAAAUCUGUGACUUUGGAUUUGCACGAAUUCUGAUUCCAGGAGAUGCCUACACCGAUUACGUGGCCACCAGGUGGUACCGAGCUCCUGAGCUCCUCGUGGGAGACACACAGUAUGGUUCUUCAGUCGACAUCUGGGCUGCUGGCUGUGUUUUUGCUGAACUCCUGACAGGCCAGCCACUCUGGCCUGGAAAAUCAGAUGUGGACCAGCUUUACCUGAUAAUCAGAACACUGGGAAAACUAAUCCCAAGACACCAGUCUAUCUUUAAAAGUAACCAGUUUUUCCAUGGCAUCAGUAUACCUGAACCUGAAGACAUGGAAACUCUUGAAGAAAAGUUCUCAGAUGCUGAUCCUGAGGCUUUGAAUUUCAUGAAGGGCUGUCUGAAGAUGAACCCGGCUGACAGAUUAACCUGCGCUCAACUCCUAGAGAGCCCCUACUUUGACUCCUUCCAAGAGGAUCAAGCGAAGAGAAAAGCACGCAGUGAGGGAAAAAGCAGAAGGCAUCGGCAGAAUCAACUGUUGCCUCUCAUACCAGGAAGCCACAUCUCCCCCACACCUGAUGGAAGAAAACAAGUUCUCCAGUUAAAAUUUGAUCAUCUUCCAAACAUUUAGGAAAAUGUCCUUUCAAGUGUGAAGUAACUUAAUAUGUACAUAUUUUUGUACAAGCAAGAUAGGAAUUCUCAGUGUUUCAAAUGCAAAUGAGCCAUAUGAAAAUUGAGAUGCCUCCUAGAAUUGUUUUGUUCUGAUCAUUGCUGAUUCCUUCCCCUGUGCUUUUUACAUGCCAACUUUAUCUUUUAGAACAUUUUCUUUAAAUGUUAUAAAGCCUGAAACUGCACAUAUGGAGGAGACGUUUUCAAUUUCAUCAGAGCAGACCCUCCUCAAACAAUUUAUGUUGAGAACGUAUGGGCUUAUAAUUUGAUUUAUGAAAAAGAUUUAUAUGUAUCAUCUUGCUUGCUUUAGCUGACCCCAUAAUAUCUUUUUUGGGGGGGAGGUACCCGGGAUUGAACUCGGGUCCUUGCACUUGC